AUGACUGCCACUGCAACAGCUUGCGGCGUCGAUCCCAAAUUUCCCCCGUUGGAGGAGUACGCACAGUCCAGUUACAUUCCAACAAACGGCUGUUAUAAUGCGGGCUCACACUUCUCAAACGAUAACCACAGAUUCGCUGAAACCAAUUCCUCCACCGGUAUCGCCUCCUCGCAGUUCCAUCUGGACUACGAGAAAUACCGGGCAAACUUCACCGAGUGCGACCAGAACCGAACUGCCGGGAACUUAUCGCAUAACUUCAGCAGUUUCACGGCGGCUCUGGCAGGCGAGGGGAACACGGAUACCUGGGGAGAGUACCAAACUACCGGGGACAGAGACAAUGGCUGGACGAAUAUUGGAACGAGUAGUCCCUGUUUGUAUAAACAAAGGGGAAGUGGAAAACUUAGUAGCAAUACUCAAAUGCCAGCACAGCAGUUACCGUUAUACCCAUGGAUGAAGAGGAUACACGUCAAUCCGGCGGUCGGCAGUCGCUUAACUGCGUCCGGUAUGGACAGCAAGCGAACCCGGACUUCCUAUACUCGUCAGCAGUUACUCGAGCUAGAGAAAGAGUUCCACUUCAAUCGGUACCUUACCCGUAGGAGACGCAUCGAGAUCGCCCAGUCACUCGGUCUCUCGGAGAGGCAGAUUAAGAUCUGGUUUCAGAACCGACGGAUGAAGUGGAAGAAGGACCACAACCUACCGAACACCAAGCCGCGAGCCGGUACCACCACCCAUGCCGGUACACGCCCAGCUGGCCCGGCAAACUUCGAAGCUAACCCGGUAGUGGACAUCAAGCAAGACACACCCGAGAGCAUGAGCAGCGACUCAUCGUGACUUUGGCUAGGUGUCGUUUCCGGUAUUUUACUGUCGUGUUUUGUCAUUUGACAGAAUCAUAAUAAUUGUAGUUUAAUUUUAUGAAAUGGACGUAUUGGACAUUAUCUUCAAUAACGUCAUCGUGUUAUUUUACGAUUUGGUUUUUAGGGUUGAU